AUGCCUUCCGGAACUGAAAACGCGAAACAACAAUUCAUGAGCGGUGUUGAAAAAACUAGGGCUGCUGCUGAUGAUAAGUCGAAGCAGAAUAGCCUCAACACUCAGUCAACCUCAGGAGGUGACAACCCAAAGGCUGGAGGAUCCUCGUUCAGUUCCAUUGCCAAGGGCGACACUAAUUCUUCGAACUACGUCCCUGCGAAAGGACCAUCAACCUAG